AUGCCUUCAAGAUUCCGUGGCCUAUUUCGUGGCCUCGCUCAGGUCACGCCCGUCGAGGCAACCUUCAACAUGGAUAUCUGGGGUCACAUCUUUAACCAACUUGCUCUCCUCGGAUACCACGAAACGCUGGCCAGUUGCGCACGCCUCAGCAAAGCGCAUGCAGAACCAGCGCUGAGACAACUUUACAGCCAACAGUUCAACCCAUGCUCAAGCUGGGCUAGUCGCGAGUCGAAGAGCCUCUGGCUCUCCAUAAUAUCGAACCUAUAUCCUACUUCACAUCCGUACCUCACGUAUGUGCGCCGUCUUGACACCCACAAUUUACGAGCUCUCUUGGUGAACUUGGACCGAGAGAAGGAGCUGGCACCGUUCGUACGUGACCUGGGAUACACGGAAUACCGCAGCAUGCUACCAUAUCUUUUACCCGGCUGGCGUCCACCAUUGGUCGCUGGGUGCUUGCUCGACCGCCUAGUGCGGUUCUCAAAUAGUCAAGGUUUACGCGUGAUGCUCAAAGAGCUCACGACCCGAACAUGGACUGAGCUCGUUCCCGCCAUCUCCUCGUGUCCUGAGUUGGUGAGCUUAUCUAUAGAUUCUAUCAGUGAGCUGCACGGCGCGGCCGACAUCAUCAACAACCUCCCAAAGCUCAGGAACUUGGCGUUCGUUGAGGUUAACAUGGAGUACACCUUUGAGUUAGCUUACCUCGUUUCCCAUCUCAAACCAGACCAGCUCCGCUCGUUCAAAUGCUCCCUCAGUGGCCAGUUGAGAGUCUUGGAAGCUCUUGCCAAGCAGACCGAACUCAGCGAACUCGAACUGCAGUUCUUCUUCGUACCGCCGAGCGAGUUGCACGUGCUCACCGCUCUCACGAACCUGACUUCGUUGACUUUGAAGUACAACUACACAUCGACCGAAGAUGCCAAGGAUGAGUUCCGAACUUGGGCAAGGGACCACCGGAACACCAUCGCGAACUGGCUAAUGUCAUGUAAGAGCCUCAAGAGCUUGCACGUCUUCCGACUGCCGUUCCUGGUGCCCGCAAUUGCGGACGCGCUGAGUCACCUACGGCUCGACAGACUACACAUCUACGGAACCGCAGGACACGAGGGUUUCUAUCGCGCCCUCAAGUCCCAGCGUCUCAAGUACUUGUUCAUAGGCGAGUGGUCACGAACACACUGGCUGCACGAAGGAAAACGCCGAUGGCUCGUUUUGGGAGCUGUCUGUGCAAUGCCUUGCCUCCGGGACUUGAGGCUUCACACGACCUUCGGGCUGUCGAACAAACAACUCGAAAGGAUCGCCAAACACGUCAAGGAUCUCGAAACAAUAUCUUUCCAUUCCUCGCCAGGCGAGGAUCGUGCUGGAGUACUACGUGCUCUAGAGGGCUUCAAGCACCUGACCAGCCUCACGGUGCUUGGCCUGACGCUCUUUAGGGCGCGUGAGCUUAUGCAAUGGAUCGAGCUUACACGCUGCCAUCUACGACCUGGCGGGUUCUCGCUCAGCUUGCCGUCUCAAGGGAUAUCACCCUGGCUGUUCAGCGACACGAACCCGGAGCUUUUCUUCCCUCUCCCCGGGAAUAUGGUAAGGGAACCUAGCCCCGAGAAGUUCCGGAAGCUCCUGAGGUUCUUCAGGGUGUGCAUCAGAGGAGACCGGGGAGAGAUUUGGAAAGGGAACGAUUACGAAGCUGAGGAGGAGCGCAUGUUCAUCAACCUUUGGGGCGAAGUAGAGGGUUCGACAGCGGCCUUGAUGAUUGUAGACCAAUAUCGUUCAUUGACGAGGGAUAUGGGGCGCCAACUGGCUUGA